GAAGUACUGUGUAGCACCCAUUCUGGGCACUGGCGAGUAUGAAGGAGCCGCAGCGGCUCAAUACUUUGCCACUGGGAAGGACUGCUGCAAGGACCUCGAGUUCACCUGCGGCGAAGCCAUGGAUGAGGCAGCUCACGCUGGCCUGGUGAUCUUCAACAAGACACAGGCCUUGAACCAGAUCCUCAAGCAGGAUUUGGACUACUACAUGAAGGCUGCGCGCAUGGCCAGCGCGCGCUUCGGUGUGCAGCUGGCCGAAGAGCCCAUCUUCCUCACCUGGGUGGGCGAUUCGGACCUCGCUCUUGCGAAUCUUUGGCCCCAGGCCAGAAAUGCGUGGCUCUUGUCGUCCAUGUUGGCUCUGCCGCUGUGCGCAGUGAUCACCUUUGCCAUUGAGGCAUGGCGAGGAAGUACUCUAGGUCUGGAGUCUCUAGAGACUCUGAAGGAAAAGACUUUCGCGUGAGGACCGGCUGAGAGGAGAAUAGUCGCAGUCGCCAUCAUCAUUCCUCCGAGAACAGUCGCAGUUUGGUGAAAUGAGA